UCCAAGAGGAGCGCGGGAGCUGAGAAGUAGAGGGUCAGCUGCGUCCCGGAAAGGCCUCGCGCGGACCGUUCUGCGGCCGGUGCUCCUCAGGCUGCUUCCCGCGAGGGUCCGGCCCUCGCCACCCGCCAGCCCGGGGUGACUUCGCAGCCUGCCCAGGCCCGGGUUCCUGGUUUCAGAGAAGAUGACAGAGGAACUGGAUCUCCCGGGACAGGACUCUGAUGCGGGGAGUGAGGAGGUGGUCCUGACCCCUGCAGAGCUCAUUGACAGGCUGGAACAGGCCUGGAUGAAUGAAAAGUUUGCCCCUGAGCUGCUGGAAAACAAGUCGGAAAUCGUUGAAUGUGUCAUGGAGCAGCUGCAGCACAUGGAAGAAAAUCUCAGGAGGGCCAAGAAGGGGGACCUGAAGGUCAGCAUCCAUCAGAUGGAGAUGGAGAGGAUCCGCUUCGUCCUGAGCAGCUACCUGCGGUGUCGGCUCAUGAAGAUAGAGAAGUUUUUCCCUCACGUCCUCGAAAAGGAGAAAACACGCCGUGAGGGGGAGCCUUCCUGCCUUUCUCCGGAAGAGUUUGCCUUUGCCAGAGAGUACAUGGCUAACACAGAGACCUACCUAAAGAACGUUGCCUUAAAGCACAUGCCUCCUAACUUACAGAAGGUGGACCUCUUGAGGGCAGUUCCCAAACCAGAUCUGGAUUCAUAUGUGUUUCUGAGGGUGAAAGAGCGACAGGAAAACAUACUGGUAGAACCGGAAACAGAUGAGCAGAGGGACUAUGUGAUCGACCUGGAGGAGGGCUCACAGCACUUGAUCCGAUACAAAACCAUCGCACCCCUGGUCGCUUCUGGAGCCGUACAGCUGAUUUAAAACCGGAAGCAACUAACCAAGAGUGAGGACAUGGAACGUUGGAGAGCGUAUUUGGAAACCCCACGUGUCAGCUGGUGCCCGAGGAUGGGAACUUUUCCCGGCAGUGCCAUGGGUCACUGGGGCAUUGAGAUCCGCUCGGGGCAGAUCCCUCCCUGGCUGCUCCAGCCAGGAUCAGCAGGUGGGGUCAUCGCUCUGCCGACCCCGCGGCUGGGCAGGGACACGGAAGCGCCCUUCGUGGUGGUGUUUGAACUGAGGAAAGUGAGGCCGAGGGGGUGCAUAGAAAGGCCUCGCUGCCUGUGAUGAGGGGACUGGUGGGCCCCGACCUGACAGCGGCAGGAGCACUCCCUCAACCCUCCUGGCAGGAAGAGUGUAAAUAGAUUAAACCGUGUGGCCGCCCUGUAUAGUAUGUCACUGACUCGUGUAAACUCAGCUUCUGGAGCCUCUGCUCUCGCACUUAAAGCCAACUUCUGUCGUGCCUAACUGAGCAUCACAACCAAUAAGCUAGUAACUAGGUCUCGGUUUCGUGGCAGAAGGAGCCCGUGGGCAGUUCCCAGCGUGUAGUCUAGUGAGGUGCAUCCUCCCCGCGGCGAACUGCAGCGUCGGGCAGUCUCCCGGGCCAGCCUGCAGGCCAUGUGCUGGCUUUGACCAGGGCCCCGGGGGCAGAGCAGCAGCAGCUCUCCUACGCCGCCACCUCAGCGGCAGCUGUUCCUUUUUAGGCUCUUCACUUUCUCAAGGGGAAUAGAUGAAAUUAACCUCGGUGAGUGGACAGUGUCUCGGUGACACCCGAGGAGGGAGGUACACACGUGAAUCGUCUUCCCUUGGAACGUGAUACAGAGCAACUGCCUUCCAGUCUUUCUUGCUUGAUGCAAAGGCAGGUUUUCAUCUACAUGAUGUUGGCUCUUGGAGUAAUCAGUGUGAUAUUGCUGUCAUUUCCAAGAGAAAUCACUAAGUGAAAGCAAGGAAGGUUUUAUUCGUUAAGAAAAACGUUUUAUAUCUCACGCAGUGCUUUGUUUUCUCCAGAGCGUUUUCACCCUCUUCAGCCAUUCAUUAAAUAAAUGUGCAGUGAGCAUACAGUAUGCCGGGCACGGUCCGCCACACUGGGACUCCAAGCCAGAAUGAGAUGGCCACUGACCCUGCUCAGGUGGGAGAAGUGCCUUGAAGAGACUUAGAACGGGGGGCUCACGGGGGCUCACCAGCAUGACUGGGUGCUCUGAGAGGCUCUCACUGAUUUCAGUGAAUCUCACUGAAUUAGGCUGAGGUCUGAAUAACAAGAAGGGGCCAGACACAGAACUCGAAAGGCUUUCGAGGCAGAAAAGGCAGCUUGUGCAAAGGCCCUGAGGCAGAAACGAAUUCUACCUGCAGUCGGUGUGGCUAGAAGGCAGUGGGCACAAUGCAGAAGGGUGCAGGAUUAAGGUCUGAGAGGCAGGCUGGCCCCAGAUCACUUAACGGCUUUGUUAGCAAGGACCCCAUGGGUCCUCACAGCAUCCUGAGAAGCAGGCAGGGCUGGUAGUAGGUAAAUAGGUGGGAAACAAGGUGGGCGUUUAGCAAUAAGUCUGAACCCAAGUCUCCGUCCUCGGGGCCACCUUGUGGUCCCAUGUCACCGUUGCCUCUGCUGUGGAAAGGAGAGGACCGGGCUGCAUCAUGUCACCUGCUCCCGCCCUGUUCAUGCCGGGCAGCACGGAGGAGUAAGGUCGUCACUGAAGCCACAGAGCUCAUUGCUCCAUUUCCUAGGUCACCUCUGCAAAGGAAGACUGGUUUAGAUAAGCCAUUUCGAAAUAAAGAGGAAGUUGAAUUUCAAAACCAAGUGAAGGGAAAUGAUAUGGUUUAGUGUGACGUCUUUAACAUUUUCAAUUUGUGGGGAGUAUUUUGCUUUAUGGUUAAAAACUCAUCACUGGAAGCAGGAUGGGACAUUUACUUCAAACAGUGGCAUCAUACCUUAUCAUAAGCUUGUUGCCAGCGAGAUUCCUGAGAAAUGCUUGCAGGUCCAUAUCUGCAGGUGCAGCAAAAACAUGUACCAGCUGUGACCUUGGAGCAAGACCCGCUGUGUUUACUCUGUGCCCAAACGUUGAGGCCUCAGUGCCCCCAACCCCGUGCACAUCCACCUUCCUUCUGUGAUGGACUUGAGCUAACCAUGAAACUCUCAGAGGGAUUGUGAAGUGAGCACAUCAUACGCCAGUACUUCAGAUAAAUGUUAUGUGAUAUCGCUUCUAUGUGGAACAAAAAAAAUACAAAUGAACUUAUUUCCAAAACAAAUCAAUCCACAGACAUAGAAAACAAACAUGGUUACCAGGGGGAAAGGGGGAGAG